AUGAGCGCUGGUGUCUUCGGUUUACUAAGUGGAAGUUCAGGAAUCGUUCUGCCAGGAACCAAGAGAGGCCCGGAGCAAAUGUUGAGCUCGAUGAACCCCAUGAUGGACGCGACGCCCGGCUAUGCCAAUCACAUGAACGGCGCCACGACCGCCACCACCGAGAACAACAAUGAGGCCAAGAAGAUCAAGGUGGAGGGCUCUGGCGGCCCCUCUCGCGUCGUCCACAUUCGCAACAUACCCAACGAAGUGACUGAGGCGGAGGUGAUCCACCUGGGAAUGCCGUUUGGGCGGAUAACGAAUGUCCUGGUGCUUAAGGGCAAGAACCAGGCGUUUCUCGAGUUUGGCGACGAGACGAGUGCGGCCCAGAUGGUGGCCUACUUUGGCACGUGUGCGGCGCAGUUGCGCGGGAGGACCGUGUACAUUCAGUACUCUAACCACAAGGAAUUGAAGACCGACCAAAACCACUCCAACUCGAACGCUGCGGCGCGGGCGGCGCUGCAAGCGGCUCAAGCCAUUAAUUCGGGAGUAGGAAUGGCUGGCGGCAUUCCGGAAACGCAAGGCGGCCCAAACACGGUUUUGCGGGUUGUUGUGGAUCACAUGUUGUAUCCGGUCACUUUGGACGUUCUGCAUCAGAUAUUUUCGCGUGCCGGUCGCGUUCUCAAGAUCAUCACUUUCACCAAAAAUAGCACGUUUCAGGCUCUGAUCCAGUACCCAGACGUGGUGGCGUCUCAAGCUGCCAAAUUGUCUCUGGACGGACAGAACAUCUAUAAUGCGUGCUGCACGCUUCGCAUCGAGUACUCCAAGUUGACGAACCUGAACGUCAAGUUCAACAAUGACAAGAGUCGGGACUUCACGAACCCCGGGCUUCCGACCGGCGACGCGGGACUGGACUCUGCCAUGGGCGCCCUGGGCGGCGGCGGAUUGGGCGGCCCAGGCCUGGGUGGACAGCCUGGCUUCGGCGGCCUCGGAAUGGGUCUGGCUGGCCUGGGUUUGACUGGAAGCUUGCCGUCGUCUCUGGGGAUUGCUGGCGCUUUUGGAUUGCCUGGCCACGGCCAGCCGAUGCAUGGCGGCAACGUGUUGCUGGUGUCGAAUUUGAGCGAGGACCAGGCGUCGCCGGAUGCGUUGUUCACCUUGUUCGGAGUCUAUGGGGACGUGCAGCGUGAUUCCGCCUUGAUUCAAAUGACCGAUGCGCACCAGGCACAUUUGGCAAUGACUCACUUGGACAAGGUGCAAGUUUGGGGCAAGCAAAUCCGCGUCAUGGCAUCUAAACACCAACAAGUGCAAAUGCCCAAGGAAGGUCAAACUGACGCG